AUGGGUAACAUACUGGAAAUUAUGAGAAAUAGGGCAACCAAGCCUAGAACAACAAUGAAAGAAUCAGUCGUUACACCUUCACCAUCACCACCUAAGAAAUCAGUUGGUAAAGAGAAUGGUUAUGAAAGUGAAAUUGAUGAUAGUGAAAGUGAUAAUGAUUUAGAUCCUUUAACUUUAUUAUCAGGUGGUAAAACUCAAUCAAUAGCAAAAUUAACAAACAAGAGAUCAAAUUUUUUUGAAAAUAAAUCAAAUAAUCAAAAUAAAAAAUUAAAAUUACCACCAAAACCAAAAUUAAAUUUACUUAAAAAUAAUAAUGAAAAUUUAAAUAUAUUGAAAAAAUCAGAUUCUUUACAAAAAUUACACAUGGAUGAUCAAACUCAAGCUAUAAAUGAAUUAAAUAAUGAAACUCCUGAAUCUAUGGUUUGUUCACAAUUAAAUAAUCCUCAAGCAAAAAAUGAUUUAGGUUAUAUUGAAUAUUUAUCUAAAAAUAUUGAAAAUUUAAAAGAUUUCCAAUUUUGGAAAGAACCAAUAUAUACAAAACCUUUAGGUGAUGAUGAUAUCCCAUUAGAAAUUGAUUUAAUACCAGGAAUACGACAAUUACUUACAAAUGAUGAUGAUGAAAAUAAUAAAUUUGAUAUUUUUAAUGAAUUAAAUAUUGAUAUUAUUCAACAAGAAAUAUCCAAGAUUAAUAAAUCUUUAGAACAAAAUGUAUCAAUUCAAGAUAUUCAAGAAUUUAUGAACAAAAUUGGUGGUGCAUUACCACACAAAAAAAUUACAAAUAAUGAUUUAAAAUUAAAUCCAAUGUUAACAUUACAAUCUAUAAAUUUAUUAAUUUUAAAAUUUAAAUUCUUAGUUUCCAAAGUUUUAUUAAGUGAUUAUUCCCCUGAUAAAUUUGAAUUAAUCAUUAAAAUCAUUGGUUUGAUAAUCAUGGAUCAGAAAUUUUAUAUUAAUGGUGAAUUCACAGAGAUUAAUUCUCUAUUAUUACAAAUUAUAAAAUGGAAAUAUUAUAAUGAAAAAGUUAGAUCCCCCAAAACUAUUUUAAAUUUUAAUAAUAUCUUGGAAAUUUGGUUUAAUUUAACUAAUGAAUUAAAAUUAUUCUUAAGAUUUGUUGAAGUAUUAGAUGAAAAUUUCUUAGUUUUAUCAAGAUUAAAGAAAAAUAUUUGUUUGAAUGUCUUUUUGGGGAAUUAUAAAGAUCCUACAGAAUUAAUCAAGAUUGAAUUCACAUCAGAUGAUAAUGAAUUUCAAUUCAUAUUAUAUGAUUAUAUUAUAUCCAAAUUAGUUGAUUUAAAUAAUAAAGACCCUGAUUCUUUUCAGUAUAAUGAAUUAAGUAAAGAAUUUAUUUGUUUAUUUAAAAUUUUUUCAAAUCAAAAUAUUGAUUUAGAAUUAAAAUCUGAAUUAAAAAUUAUUAAUAAUGAAUUAAAUAAAUUAAGGAAUAAAAUUACAACAAGUUUUAAAAAUUCAGAUCAAGCUAGUUUUAAAUCAUUGUUGUUACUUAUAACUACUUUAUUAAGUGAAAGUGAUAAUAUAAUAUAA